CGAGAGGGUACUGACGUCAUUGAUGACGACAUACUUCAAAACUUCCGGUUACUGACAGAAACAAAGGAGGACAUUCUGCGAAAACGAACUGCUAAAUGCGGUAGGUUUGGGGAAGGACCUUUUCUGUCGGGUCAAAACCAACCAGAAGAAAGGCCAUCAGGAGCAAAUAUAGCUCGCGACUUCGCAAUGGAUCCCGAGGGAGGAUGUAAUAUUCGAUGCAGAUAUAGGCUUGACUGUGGGCAUGUUUGUGAACGAUUCUGUCAUCCUCUGGACCAGGAUCAUAAGAAAGAAUCAAGCAGAUGUAGAAAACGUUGCAACAGGAUCCUAUGUGUCAACAGACACAAGUGCCCACUACGAUGUGAACAGAAAUGUGAGCCUUGUAAAGAGGAAAUGGAGAAAAUAAUACCAAGAUGUGGGCACGUUCAACGAGUGUAAUGUUCUAUCCCUACCGCCGAUUUCACAUGUCAGGAGGCUUGUCAAUCAAUACUGUCUUGCGGACAUAAAUGUCAGUCGAGGUGCGGCAUGGCGCAUACACAGGACUGCGGCUUAACAGUCGAAAAGAUAUGGCCAUGCGGCCAUAAAGGAAAUAUAAAAUGUCACCAGAAAGAUAAAGCUAUUUGCAGUGUUGCAUGUGAUGGGAUUUUGAGCUGUAGUCACCGAUGUCGAGGGACUUGCGGGCAGUGCUUUUAUGGCAGAUUGCACGUCCCAUGCCGGAAUGAGUGUAAGAGAACUUUGGUUUGUGGACAUGAAUGCCAGGACAGAUGUAGUCAAUGCCCACCGUGUACAAGGCCCUGCCAGAACCAAUGCCAACAUAGUGACUGCCCUCGGAGAUGUGGUGAAUUAUGUACACCGUGUAGAGAACCAUGCAUAUGGUCGUGUGAACACUAUAAAUGUACGAACAUCUGCAGUGAACCAUGCGACCGACCUCUUUGUGAUAAACCAUGCAGGAAACGACUAGCAUGUGGUCAUAGCUGUAUUGGGCUAUGUGGGGAACCAUGCCCGGCGGACUGUAGGGUUUGCGACAAACAGAAGGUUACCGAGAUCUUCUUCGGAGAUGAAGACGAAGAAGACGCUCGAUUUGUACUACUUCAAGACUGCAGAAUGCGUUGCAUCUUCGAAGUGAAUGGGAUGGAUACAUACAUGAAAACAAAAGUCGAUGAAAAGGGAGAAAUAAAACUGAAGGAUUGUCCAAAAUGCCGCACUCCGAUAAGAAGAACGAUUCGGUAUAGGUCGACCAUCAAUCAAACACUAACGGAUAUUGAACAAGUAAAAAGUCAUGUCAUUGCAAAUAAAACAAGAUUGCGAAAGCUAAGAAAGGACAUAAGGCAAACUUUCGGGGAGAUUGAAGACGAGCAAAAUAAAUUGAUUUUAAGGAGAAGAAUGGAAAAAGCUUACGACGAGCAAGCAGAAAACGCAUUGACUGCUCUAUUGAACCAGUCGCGCUUUUUGUCACAGAUUGACAAGCACAAGUCCGAGUGGUCGAACCUAAAAGGACUGUCAUACAGAGGCGAACGAAAGAAGGCUUUCUUGCUCAUUGGAAGAAUGGUGGAUUGGAUAAUGUCAGAACGAUCGCUUAUGACAGCGCAGGAGACGGGAGAUGCUAAAUUGGAGUUUGAUCGUUUACGGGCGCAGUUGAAACUUUUGAUGUUUCAAAUGCGUGCAAAUGAAAAACGUAUUCAGUUAGAUAAUACAUUGAAAGCAAAGAUUCGAGACGCCGAAACGACCUUAAACGGAACCUGCAAAUUUAAAGGUGAUGUAAAGGCCAAAGUUGAAGACUGUUUAAGGGCUUUACAGAACAUAAUACCAACAACGGAGUUGGGGAUUUCAGAAGAAGAGAGGAUAAUGAUUGUAAACGCAAUGGAGCUCCAAAAAGGACACUGGUUUAAAUGUCCAAAUGGUCACGUGUAUGCCAUAGAUCAAUGUGGGGGCGCUACGAUGGAGAGUCGCUGUCCCGAUUGUGAAUCCUGGAUAGGAGGUGCCAACCAUCGUCUGCGAGCCGACAACGUUCUGGCGACGGAAAUGGAUGGGGCCGUCCACGCUGCCUGGUCUGAACAAGCCAAUAUGGCGAACUAUGGGUUUGAAGCCAUAUUUUAAGAGGUUUACGAAAGCGUUUACUCGCUGAACCUUAAGGGGCAGUACUUCGAAUGUUUUGAACAAUAUGAUCAAUAUUGAAUGGUUGCUUUUGAAGCAUAGUAUAAAUGAGUGUAUACGAAUGCAUGUUUGUAUGUACAUACAUGUACUGCUUUGAUGUUUUUUUUUAUUUUUGAUUAUGAAUCAUAUUUUAUUUGUAAGAUAUCUAAUGUACCAAAUGCCAUAGUUACAUGUAUUUCCAACUGAUAUUCUAAAACAUAUAAAAGUAUGCAAGGAAUGUUUAAUUCGAAAUUAAUGGAAAUAAUUUAUUUUUUAUUUUUAAAAUGACUGAAAUAUUGUUCUAAGUAUGUUGUGUACAUCCCUUUUUAGCUUUUAAUAUCUGCCUUUUACAUG